AAUCUAUGAAUAUUUCUUGUGACCUUCCCAUUUUGAAAGGUGAUAAUUAUAAGGUUUGGAAGGAAAGAGUUCUCCUUCAUUUGGGCUGGAUGGAUAUUGACUAUGCUAUAAGGAAGGAUGAGCCACCGGCUAUUACUGAAACUAGCGAACCUGAUGCUGUUGAUCUUUAUGAAAAGUGGGAGAGAUCUAAUCGUCUCUCCGUUAUGUUCAUAAAAACCAACAUAUCCGCUAGUAUCCGGGGUUCAGUUGACCAGUAUGAUAAGGUCAGAGAUCUGUUGAAAGCCAUUGAUGAACAGUUUACAACCUCUGAGAAGUCACUUGCUAGCACACUCAUUAUGCAAUUCUCUUCCAUUAAGCUUACUGGAACGAGAGGUGUGCGUGAACAUAUCAUGCGCUUAAGGGACAUAGUGGCUCAGUUGAAAACCUUGGAAGUUACCAUGUCUGAAUCCUUCCUGGUACAUUUCAUUUUGUGCACCCUACCUCAACAGUAUACACCCUUCAAAAUCUCCUACAACACACAUAAGGAUAAAUGGUCUAUUAAUGAAUUGAUGACCAUGUGUGUUCAAGAAGAGGAGAGAUUGAUAAUGGAAGAGGGUGAGAAGGUAAAUUUGACUACUUCUAAUUCUGGAAAGGAUAGGAAGAAGUUUGUAGGCACCAAUAAAGGAAAGAUUCCGACUCAACCAACAAUUAAAAAGGAGUCAAAGUGUUUCUUCUGUAAAAAGAAAGGACACAUGAAGAAGGACUGCCCCAAAUUUAAAAGUUGGUUUGAGAAGAAAGGGUAUGGAAAGCCUAAGGAAGCCAGUGGGAAGUGAGCAGUGCAUCUACUCAGGGAGUAGGAUGAGCUCACAUGUAGAGGCCAUUGGAACGUGCGUCUUAGUCUUAAGUAGUGGCUUUAAAUUACAUUUGGAGAAAGUUUUUUAUGUUCCUAGUUUCUGUAAAAACUUAAUUUCUGUUUCUAAACUUGCACCUUUGGGAUUUUAUUUUAAUUUUACAGACUUUGGUUUUAAUUUACUAAAUAAAUCUGAAAUUAUUGGUUGUGGUCAA